GCGUGAUGUGUUGCUAUGGAAACAGAGACCGGAGGUGGAGGACGCCUCUCCGAUGACGUCACCAGAGCGCGACAGACCCUCCUCCUGGGAACAAUGGCUGAAGCUGCAGAAUCUCGUACGGAGGAUGCUGUUCUUCCUCCCAUUGUAUCUUCUCCAUCUCCCGCGGAGGAGUCCUCUAUCCUCGCCGCGGAAUCAGACGAGGGGCAAGAGAAGGACCCUGCGGCGGUGAAGGAGGAGGCGCAGGUUGGAGAGAUUAAAACCGAGUUGGGAGAAACAGAGGAGUCUACUUCACAGGCUUGUGCAGCCAAGAAAAUAAAAAUAGAGAUAAAGGAGAAAAAAGAGAAAAAACAUAAAGUAGAUGAAGAUGAGAUUCAAAAAAUGCAAAUUCUUGUUUCCUCUUUCUCUGAAGAACAACUAAAUCGUUACGAGAUGUAUCGCCGGUCAGCUUUUCCGAAGGCUGCUAUUAAACGGCUGAUCCAGUCAAUUACUGGAACCUCUGUCUCUCAGAAUGUAGUUAUCGCCAUGUCAGGAAUUUCCAAAGUCUUUGUUGGAGAGGUAGUAGAAGAAGCACUAGAUGUAUGUGAAAAGUGGGGAGAAUCACCCCCUCUGCAGCCCAAACACAUGCGUGAAGCAGUCAGACGAUUGAAGUCACGAGGGCAGAUCCCAAAUUCAAAAUACAAAAAAAUUAUUUUUCACUGAAGAGGAGAUUGCGGAAGAGUCUUCAGGGGGAUGAAGAUCAUUCACCUUUGAAUAAGUGAACAUAACUUUUGCAGAUGGUGGCUUCAGAUUGCUUAAACUAAGCCAUCUAAACGUAUAUGAUCUUACUGAGGGAAACUUUUAAUAAACUAAUUAUGAAAUUCUAGGUCAUUCUGAUAGAAGUUAUACUGCAUGCUAUAUUUGGACCGAGUACAGAAACAUUAAAGUAUGCAGUCAAUAAACUGUAUAAAACAUUGUCAUCAUAAGUUUAUACUUAUGAAACAUAAGCAGAUACCUUUUGGAGAGAACAAAGGCAACUAAAUAAGAAAAUUCUUGCUGCUAAGAAUGAAACAUAAUGGCAGUCAUCUCUAAUAAAGGAACUUACAUUUAAA